GCCAUAGUCACGUGACAUGGGCGUUCGUAAUCCCACUCCGGAGAAAUCAGUAUCAGGCGCCCAUCUCGAGCCUUGAGAAAGCGAGAUGAAGUGUGUUUGGGUGAUUCUUUUCCUCCACUGGUCUCUCUCAGGAGGUCAGGAGUUUAACAUGGAGGGUCCAGAUGUGCCUGUUGUUGCUGCUCCUGGUUCUGACAUCAUUUUGCCGUGUUCCAUCAAACCCAAAGCCUCUGAACAAUCCCAUGUGAGUGCUGUGGACAUGGAAGUGAAGUGGAGCAGAACAGACCUGAAUAGCGCAGUAGUGCAUCACUAUAUGGAUAAAAUAGACAAGAAUGAAGAUCAGGAUCCUUCAUACAGAGGGAGAACAGCUCUGUUCAAAGAGGAGCUACAGUAUGGCAACACCUCACUGCUACUGAAGAACGUUAAAGUGUCUGAUGGAGGACAGUACACAUGUCAAGUUGAUUCUGCCCAUCAGAAAGAUCAUGUCAGUGUUCUGCUUAAAGUUGAAGGUAUUGGAGGAGCCCCAGAGAUCACUGUACUGGGCACUGACUCAGGUGGGGUUCUUCUACAGUGUGACUCUAAGGGCUGGUGGCCUGUACCUGAACUCCAGUGGCUGGACAGUGAAGGAGCAGAAGUACGUGCUGGACAGUGA